AUGGACGCUAUCAAAAAGCAACGCCGAAAUUUACGAACAGCUUUCACAAGGACGCACAAUGCAUUUGAAGCAGAAAUGCAAGGAAACGGUUCCAAGGAAGACAAAUUAGUCGCUUUUGAGAUGUUGGAAGACCGGAUGACGGAAUUGAGUGCAGUUCAUAGUGAUUAUAAUAAGUUGCUGUUCGAGUCUGACGCGUCGGAAGACGCCAUUGCAAAGGAACUUGAAGGUGACGACGGAUAUAGGAGGCUAUAUCUGAGAGCGAAAAUGUCCGCUAAAAGGCUUGUUGAGAUUAAUAUUGAACGAGCGCCAAGCACAACAUCGGAUCUAGUGGUACAAAAUGUAAGAAAAACGCUCAAAUUACCAACAAUUGAAUUGCCGAAAUUUAGCGGCAAUAUAAAAGAAUGGUUGCCAUUUUGGAGCGUUUUUAAGAAGAUUCACGAGGACCCAGCUCUGAGAAAUGAAGACAAAUUUCAAUAUUUGGUGCAAGCCACUGCACCAAAUUCUAGAGCUCAAGAUUUGGUAAACAGUUUCCCUCCAACGGCUGAAAAUUAUGAAAAGGUCAUCACGAGUAUGAAAAAUCGUUUUGGAAGGGAUGAUGUGGUUGUCGAGUUCUACGUACGAGAAUUGUUAGCACUGGUCUUACACAAUGCUGUGAAGGGAAAUCAAAGGGCAACGUUAGCAAGUGUUUUUGAUAAACUUGAGGCAUACAUUCGGGCUCUUGAUACACUAGGAGUUACGACUGAUAAAUGCGCAGCCAUGCUGUAUCCUUUGGUUGAGUCAUCGUUGCCAGAGGAAGUUCUUCGAGCGUGGCAGAGAAGUAGUCAACGGGAGAGUGUCGAUGCAAAUCGUCAACAGGAAACCAAGGAUCGAUUAGCAAAAUUAUUGGAAUUUUUACAAAGUGAAGUGGAAAAUCAAGAAAGGAUCGACAUGGCGCUACGAGGUUUCGAGUUUCAAAACGAAGGUGAAAAAAACAAGAAAGUUAAAGGUAAGACAGAAAUUGUCAAAGAUAUAGCUAGCGCAAGCGCUCUCCUUACUACAAAGGAAGCGAAAAUUAUAGAAUGUAUAUUUUGUAAAAGUAGGCAUGAAAGUCAACACUGUGAGACUGCGCGAAAGUUAAGUUUGCCUGAAAGAAAAGAGUGUGUUCAGAGUUCGAAUGCUUGUUUUGUUUGUAUGAAGAGAGGACACAUGGCUAAGUUUUGUCAAAGUAAGAUUAGAUGUAGCUGGUGUGGUAGACGUCAUGCUUUGUUGAUGUGCACAGGGUUCUCCACAAAAAAUGAUGUUCCGUCUGAUAAAUCAGGAGAAAAGAAAAAAGUUUUAGAGAAUAGUUUAGCCACUUUUAGUCAUUCACCGGAAGUAUGUAUGCAAACAUUAAAAGUAAAGGUUUUUUCAAAUUCUCGGGAAAAAAUUGUCAGAGCCAUUAUAGAUACAGCUUCACAGCGAUCAUAUAUAAGAGUAGAUAUUGCUUAUGAAUUGGGUUAUGAUUCUUGUGGAGAUGUUGAAAUAGCUCAUUCAUUGUUUGGCGGUGUGAAAUCCAGAAUUAAAAAACAUAAUGUUCUUAUUGGCGCGGAUAUAGCGGGAAAAUUGUUAACGGGAAAUAAACUUGAUUUAGAAAAUGGAUUAGUUGCUUUUGAGACUUUACUCGGUUGGACAGUUAUGGGUAAAGUGCCCAGGGUCCAAAAUAAAGUUGACGUUCCUGUAGCUAUACAUACGACAAUGUUUGCGCAUGAGGCUGAUCUGACGGAAUUGUGGAAACUUGAUAUAUUAGGUAUUAACGAUCCAAGUGAGAAAGUAAACAAAGCUGAGCGCGAUAGAAAUACAAAAACGUUUGUCAGAGAAACAGCAAAGAUCACAAAGGAAGGUCGUUUUGAAUUUAAGUUACCGUGGAGAGAUGAUCAUUUGCCAUUAUCAGACAAUUUAGAUAUUGCAAAACGUAGGUUAAAGGUCACUGUAGAAAAAUUAAAAAAGCAAGGUUCUUUAUCAGAUUACGGAGAGGUACUAAAAUCAUGGCUAGUAGAAGGGAUAAUCGAAGAGGUAGAAGAAGGGAACUUAGAUCAAGAAUGUCAUUAUUUACCUCAUCGACCGGUUUUUAAAGAAAAUAGUACGACCAAGAUUAGGCCAGUUUUCGAUGCAUCAGCGCAUAAAAAAGGGUAUCCAUCUCUUAAUCAGUGUUUAGAGACAGGGCCUAAUAUGAUAGAACUUGUACCUGAUUCAAUAAAUAGAUUUCGUGAAGGAAAAUUUGGAGUUAUAUCGGACAUAAAGAGAGCUUUUUUGCAAAUGGGGAUUAAUAGUGAAGACAGAGAUUUUCUUCGAUUUUUGUGGAUAGAGAAGGACAGAGUAACUGUUUAUAGACAUUGCCGAGUUGUCUUCGGUUUGUCUUGCAGUCCUUUCCUUCUAGCAACGGCAAUUGAAUUGCUUUUAGAAAAAGCUUUAUUAGAAGCUAAUAAAAGUAAUGAAUUGUCGUGGUCGAAAAAUUCUGUAAACAAAUUAAAAAAAUCGUUUUAUGCCGAUAACUGCGUAACAAGUGUCAAUUCUACUGAGGAAUUACACACAUUUAUUGAUGAGGGUACUAAGAUUUUAGCUAAGGGGGGGUUUGAUUUAAGAUUGUGGGAAUACUCCGGAAAUGUUACGGAAAAAGAGACUACUCUUGUUUUAGGUAUUUUAUGGAACAAGAAAAAAGAUUCAAUAUCGAUCAAUCCGGAAAUAAUAAAAAUAGAAAUACCUCAAGUUAUAACAAAAAGGAUAAUUUUAUCAGUAACUCAUGGUCUCUAUGACCCUAUCGGUUUUACGUGUCCGGUGACUUUGACACCAAAAACGUUGUUAGCACGACUUUGGGCGGAUAAGGUAGAGUGGGAUUCCGAAAUUAAUGAGAAAUACAAAGUUGAAUUUUGUCAAUGGGCAAAUGAGUUGUAUUUAUUAAAAGAAAUAGAAUUUCCGCGCGAAAUACCUGAUGGUCGUUUGACAAUUCACGCAUUUGGAGAUGCAAGUGGCACUGCGUACGCCACAGUCGUUUUUGCCAGAGUGGAGUCAAAAAAUAGGGUCAAUGUCCUUUUGGUAAGUGCGAGAUCGAGAAUCGCUCCAAAGAAAACGACCAUUCCGCGGUUAGAGCUGCUAGCUGCCUCAAUAACAGCGAGGCUCGCAGACUCAGUAAUUAAGUCGUUCACUAGAGAGGUAGAAAGUGUCACCUAUUGGUCCGAUUCCACGACGGUAUUGACAUGGUUAAAAAGGGAGGAAAAUUGGGGUGUUUUUGUCCAUAAUAGAGUGCAAGAAAUUAAGUCAUUGAGUGAAUUAAGAAAUUGGAAAUAUGUACCGGGCAAUAGCAAUCCUGCCGAUUUACCGUCGCGAGGAUGUAAUCCUUCCCAGUUACUCACGAGUAAAUGGUGGUUGGGACCUGAGUGGUUGCGAGAACCAGAAAGAUAUUGGCCUUCUGCUGACGAAAUAAUAAAUGAAAAAGAAGUAAAGAGCGAGAUUAAAAAAACCGUUACCGUGCAUAUGUUAACUCACGAAUCGUCAAGUAUUAAAAUAAAUAAUAUUUUCUCUUCCUAUAAUAAAAUCAUCCGUUUUAUUGCCUGGGUACGAAGAUUUUUAUCAAGUCGAAGAUCGAUUUUAGAAAAUAAGAAAAAAGAACAAGAGUCGAUUUCAAGAAUUAGAAAUACGAAACGGGAUAUUUAUUUGUCAAAAGAUGAUCGCAAAAAAUUAUAUUUAUCAACGAAUGAGUUAAGAAUAGCAGAAAAUAAUUUGUUAAAACAUUUACAGACUCUAAUGUUCAAGGACACAAAUAAAGAUAAAUUAUCCUCUUUUAGAACCUAUGUGAACGAUGACGGUCUGUACGUGUUGAAAACAAAAAUUUUCAAUCGAAAAGAUAGUGCUUUAUUUCUAAGUCCAGUUUUGUUAGAUAAACACGAGAUUGUUGAUUUGCUGGUAAGAGAAACUCAUGAAAGAUACGGUCAUUCAGGGACACAAAUUAUCAUGAAUGUAUUACGUGAAAAAUUUUGGAUUAUCUCCUUGAGAAGGAUAAUAAGAUCAGUUAUCGCGAAGUGCGUCAUUUGUCAGAAACAAAAAGCAAAACGUAUGGAGUGUGAGUCUCCCCCACUUCCCGAAAACCGUGUAAGAGAUGCGGCGAUUUUCGAAGUUACGGGAGUCGAUUUUGCGGGACCGAUUUUUUCAAAGGGGGGAGGGAAAUGCUGGAUAUGUGUUUUUACUUGCGCAGUAUACCGAGCGGUACAUUUUGAAUUGACGUCAUCAUUGUCAGCUGAGGGGUUCGUAGAGUGUUUGCGCAGGUUCAUCGCGAGACGAGGACGACCACAAUAUGUAUAUAGUGACAACGGGACAAAUUUUGUAGGAACGGCAAAUGCGUUAGAAGGUUUAGAUUGGUCGAAAAUUUUGAAAAGGACAGAAAUUUGGCAAAUUAAAUGGCGUUUUAAUCCGCCUUCAGCUCCUUGGUGGGGAGGUUGGUGGGAACGUCUUAUUGGAAUUUUAAAAACAAUUUUGAGAAAAGUGUUAGGAAAAGCCUGUCUGUCCUUCGAGAAUUUGAUGACAUCUCUCUGCGAUGCAGAAAUAAUUAUAAACUCUCGACCGCUGACAUACGUGUCAGAAAAUAGCGAUGAUUUAAAACCUUUGAGUCCUAUGUUGUUUCUCCAAGAAAUAAAAGAAUCUGGAACGCCAGAUUUAGAUAUGCUCGACGGGAAAAAAUUAAACAAAAAAUUAAUUUACCGGAAAAAGAUUUUUGACGAUUUGAGAACACGUUUUAGACAAGAAUAUCUUAGUCAAUUAUUACUCAAAAAUAGUAAAAAAGAAAAACGGAAUAUAAAAAUCGAUGACAUUGUUCUGAUAGGAAGCGAUAAUCAAAAACGUUUAGAUUGGCCUCUUGCGCGGAUUGUCGGUUUUAUCGAUGGGCGAGAUGGAAAAAUAAGAACAUGUAUCUUAAAAACAAAAAACGGGACAAUCAAACGACCAAUACAAAGGAUUUAUCCGCUUGAGAUCCACCAAGACAAUGCUGGAAAGGUAAAAGAAUCAUAUGAUAGAAAUUUGUCUUAUAAUAGAAACAAAGAUAGUAAUAAACAUUGUCAAACGACGAACACUGUAAAAGGUGUGAGAGAGACUGAUUGUUUGGAUAAGGAAAGAGAAAUAACCACGAGAAGUGGUCGUAUUGUUAAAUUGCCAGACAGAGCUUCCGAUUUACAUGAACCUUAUACGGCAACGACGACGACGACGACAUCAACGAAUUAA